AUGUAUUAUAGCACUUUUUAUCUCUGGGUCUGAAAGAAAUAUACAAAGGUUGAUUAUUUGGAAGCAAUUGUUGGCCAGAACCUUAAACUACUGUAAAUUGAUGUAGCUUCGGUGAUGUGGCAGUCUUGUACUUAGAGGUGAUAUUCAUAGUGCAGCAAGCCGCAUAGUAGGUGGGCCUCCCUCGAUUUAAAACCACCACCUGCUGCCAACCCUGGUGAGAGCCUGAGGACAGGGAAGUUGGGGAUAGUUGAUGUGUGAGGGAGUGUGCUGGGAAGUGUCAUGUGCAUAUAGCUACAGCAAAACUAAGUGCUGGGGUGGGGUGGGGGGAGGAGGUGUGUGCCAUCGCUCCUAUCUUGCCUUACUGCCUGCUCCCCCUGGCUUGUAUACAUCUCCAAAGCCUCCUAAGGGCUGGCACUGCCUGCCCCAGCCCCCUCCCUGGCCUGUGGAUCAGUGGGACCUCCCUUAGUCUCUGCCGCUGUCUACUUUCUCCUGGCUGAGGCUGCAGGUCCUGAAUCUGUGGGUAUAUGUGUAAGGCCAGGUCUACUCUACAAACCUUUGACAGCAUAGGUGUGUUAGGAAUGUGGUUCCCUGACUGACAUACCUGUGCCAGCCAAAGCCUCUAACAUAAGACACACCAGUUUAUACUGUCAAAAUUGUGCUUUUAGCACUAUAGCUGCAGUUUUGCCAGUAUAAACUGCAUCAACACAAGCAUUAUGUGGCUGGUUUAAACUUGUCUGAGUGUGUAAAUGUAAGUAAUUUAGUGAUUAUGGGAGAGUCAACAGUGGGCCAUGGAUAAACCUGAACUAGCUCUGCUCCUAUGAUUUUCUUAGACCGGGAAUAAAUCUCACAGGAGCAGAAACCAUAUUCCAUCUGCUAAUCCUAACGAUCUAUUAAUGAAUCAGUAACUAAUCUAAAUCAUGCCAGUGCUCUGAAAUGAUGUGCUGCUAGUUUUCACUAUUUCUGAUCUGAAAUAUUUUGUGUUCACAUAAACUCCCCAAAUUCUACUGGGCCUCCUCUUCCUCCAGUGUGAAACUACACUGGGGGGAGGGAGUAUUAGCAGCAGGAUCCAAAACUAAGGCGGCAGCAGCAGUGAUCAGAGGCAAGCCUCUGCUGAAAAGAGGACACGGCAGGAUUCAUUGAAGAUACUUUCCUACUCACCAUUUACACUGAACAAGCUGGAGUAUUUUCAACAAACCAGCUGCUCUCCUCGUGUGACAAGACAGACUGGGAACAGUUAGGUGAACCUUCCUCCUCUCUGCCCCUACUCCUGGGAAUGCUGGGGCUUCAUGUAAGAUGGAAUCUGGUUUGGAACCAGCUCAGCAUCACAAUGUUACAUCAUCUAGUAUUUCUCUUAGGAAUGUCGCUGGUAGCCAAAGAAAUAUUUGCUGCAAGCUGCUGUUCCCAAGGCCAAAAUGCCUUGUGUUAUUUUUGUAACCUCACUGAGGUUCCACCUGUGCUCAAUGAUACAGUUGUACUCCUGCUAAGUUUCAACAAAAUCAGGCAAGUGAAUGCAUCCUCUUUCCCUCUGCUGGAACAGUUACAGAUUUUGGAAAUUGGAACCCAGUUUGUCUUUCCUGUUACCAUAGGGAAAGCAGCUUUUAGGAACCUGCCAAACCUUCAAAUCUUAGAUUUAGGAGGCAAUAAGAUACUUCAUCUGGAUCCUGAUGCUUUUGUGGAGUUGUCAAAUGUACAUACACUCCGGCUAUAUCACAACAGUCUUCAGGAGUCCAUUCUGGAAGAAGACUAUCUUCGAGAUAUGAUCUCCUUAGAAUAUUUGGAUCUUUCUGGAAACAAGAUCAAAAGCCUUCGCCCUCAUCGCUUAUUUUACCAUCUAAAAUCCUUGCAAAUUGUGGACCUGAAAAACAACAGGAUAUCCAGCUUAUGUGAAGGAAACCUUGAUAGCUUCCAGGGAAAAUUCCUCAUAUUGUUUAUUCUUAAUUUUAAUAAGUUAUAUUACUCAAUUUCUAUGGACUGGGCCAAGUGUGGAAAUCCUUUCAAAAACAUAGCCCUGGACACCCUGGAUCUUGGCGGUAAUGGCUGGGGUGUAGAUAUAAUGCAACACUUCUGCACAGCUGUGAAUGGGACUUCAAUUGUUUUUUUGAAGCUUAGCUAUCACAUAAUGGGUCCAGGAUUUGGCUUUAAGAACUUCCGAGAUCCAGACCAAGAUACAUUUGCAGGGCUAGCAAGAAGUGGCAUUCGCUUACUGGAUAUUUCACAUGGUUCUAUUUUCUCUCUCAAUCCUUAUGUAUUUCAGAGCCUUGGUGAUCUGGAAUUGCUGAAUCUUCACAGCAACAAGAUAAAUCAGAUCCAAAAGCAAGCAUUUUUUGGCCUGGGAAACCUAGGAACUCUCAACCUGUCAUAUAACCUUCUGGGGGAGCUGUACGAUUACACUUUUGAGGGGCUUCAGAAUGUGAUGCAUAUUGAUUUGCAACAAAAUCAUAUUGGAGUAAUUGCUGGGAAUUUGUUCAGGGAUUUAAGAAAGUUAAAGAUGGUGGAUCUUCGGGACAAUGCCAUUAAAACUCUCCCUUCUUUCCCAGCCAUGAUCACUCUUCAUUUAAGUGACAAUAAGCUAGUAUCUGUAGGUAACCAGAGAAUAAGUGCAACAUUCCUUAACUUGGAAAGAAACAGAUUGGACAAUCUGGGUGAUCUUUAUAUUCUUUUACAAGUUCCAGAUGUGCAGUAUCUCUUGUUAAGAAAAAAUCGUUUAUCUUAUUGUGUUAAAAGUGUUGAUGUUAUAGAAAAUAACCAGUUAGUCUACUUGGAUCUAGGAGAAAACAUGUUAAAGCUUGUGUGGGACAGAGGUUUAUGUUUGGAUGUGUUCAGGGCACUUUCCAAACUAGAGGUGCUCCACCUGAAUAACAACUACCUUACUACCCUUCCACAGGAUAUUUUUAGUGGUCUAACAUCAUUAAACAGACUUAAUCUAGCCUCCAACCUGUUGUCUUAUCUUUCUCCUGGUGUUUUCCCUGAGAGCCUAAAGACACUGAAUAUGUCUGAAAACCAACUUCUUUCACCUGCCCUUGAACUCUUCAUGACUUUGAGUGUCCUGGAUAUAACAAAUAACAGGUUUUUCUGUGAUUGCACUUUAAACACCUGGACAGCAUGGUUAAAUCAAACCAAUGUGACCUUAGCUGGCUCAGAAAAUGACACAUACUGUGUACUCCCAUCUGUUUUCACAAGGGUUCCACUUUCUUCAGUGGCACUUGAUAGCUGUAAUGAAGACGAACUCCACAAGCCUCUACAGUUCUCACUGUUCAUUUUCACUUCAGUCACUCUGAUAAUGUUCUUAACAGCAGUCAUUAUUUUUAGUCACUUUCGGGGGACUUGUUUUGUCUGGUAUAAGACCAUCAAAGGUGCUCUGCUAAAAGAACGUAAGCAAGCAAUAGAUACAAGUGCAUAUAAAUAUGAUGCCUAUUUAUGCUACAGCAACAGAGACUUUGAGUGGGUCCAAAAUUCAUUGCUAAAGCACCUGGACUCUCAGUAUUCUGAGAAAAACAGAUUUACUUUGUGCUUUGAAGAGAGAGAUUUCCUGCCUGGGGAGCAACAGAUCACCAACAUCCAUGAUGCCAUUUGGAACAGCAGGAAGACUAUUUGCAUUGUGACAAGGCAGUUCCUCAAGGAUGGGUGGUGCGUGGAAGCCUUUAAUUUUGCCCAAAGCAGAUACUUUUGUGACCUGAAAGAUGUCCUCAUUAUGGUUGUGGUUGGGUCACUUUCUCAGUAUCAGUUGAUGAAAUACAAACCGAUAAGAGUCUUUGUGCAAAGGAGUCAGUACAUGCAGUGGCCAGAAGACCAUCAAGAUGUAGAAUGGUUUUUAAAUAACCUUUCUCACCAAAUUCUGAAAGAAAAAAAAGUGAAAAAGCAAUCCAGUGUUAUAGAAAUGCAAACUGUAAGGACAAUCUCGUAGUUGGGAGGGUUGUUCAUGGUUCAUAUUAUUAGUGCUAUAAAACAGACUUUUGUAAUUACAUUUUUGCUUGUGGCUUGACAGUUACUUAAAUAUUCUAAAUCCAUUUCCACCUGUGGCAUGGCAGGAAAGAAGUAUGGGCCAUGCUUCAGCUUUCCCUGACAAACGCGUAGAAUAUAACUUCCUUGGUUUAAGUUUUAAUAAACAUCGUGUCAGCUUUAAAGUCACCAGCAAAUGGAAUUAACAAAAUUCAAUCACUAGGAACUAUAGCCCAUAUUUUCAAAAGAAGCCACCAAUUAUGGGUGUCUCAAAUUUUGGGUGUUCAGACUGGGACACCAUGGAUCUGAUAUUCAGAGAUGCUGAGCGCUCACAGGUCCCCAUGACAAUGGGAGGAGUGAGUACUCAACACUUAUAAAAACCAGAUGCAUAUUAUUGCAAGUGAGGCACCAAAUUUAUAGGAUACUUGAAAAUUUGGGUCCAUGUGCUGAAAGCCCCCACUAACUAAACUGAAUGGGCACAUUAACUGAUGGCAGUGCCACAUUAAGGUCUUGCAAUGUCUAAUCCUACCAUUCAUCCCCUACUCACAGAAUGUUUUAGUGGUCAUCAUCCUUGCUUGUGAUGUUGCAUGAUCAAGAUGGUGUAGGUGUGUGUGUGGGGGAAGUCAUGUACAUGUCGCUCACAUACAAACACACACACUAUUGGGUACCAUUUUUCACAGAACAACAACAUUUUGUAAAGCCACACCACAUAGUGUUCUUUUUUUUUUUUAAAGGGGGAUUUAUCUCUUCCUUAAAGCCAGGCUUGGAAGGAUCACAUUUUUAUCAGUAAAUGUCACUAAACAUCAAUUUCACCAUACAUGUACAAACCAACCCAACAUUUCCAUUAAUAAUAAAUGACAUUUAGAAAUAGGCCAAGAAAGAAAAAUGCUGCUUGAGAACUUAAUAGAGUUUGAUUUAAGGAUAUUUACUUUGUAUAUUUUGAGAUGUGAUGUUGAUAUGUUUGAACAGUUAUAAAUCUUUAAUUUUUUGAGAUCAAUAUCUACUGUCAUUAAAUAAUUACUGCAUGCCCCACCCAGUUGUCUGAUACCCUCCCAAUUUCCCACUACUGUGAAAAUUUAAUUGGAUAAAAAUAGAAAAAAAUGCUUAAAAAUAAACAUUGAUCUUGUCCAUUGAAA